AUGCAGUCGUUCGUUUCGGUACUUUGUUUCUUUGCCCUGCUUACGCAGGUCUCUGCUUGGGGCCCGCGCAAGUCGGAUCACGGGCCCCCAGGUCACUAUGGAGGUCGACAGAAGCAUGGUGCCAGCUUUACGCCGGACUUUGUGUUGAAAAUGACUUACGAAAACGUCUCAAUUGGUUGCCAGACAAGAAUGUCGGCCCUGAUCAAUGGCACAUUGUUCGGGCCGACGCUCAGACUCAAGCCUGGGCGAAGAAGUUGGAUCAGAGUCUACAACGAUAUGCCAGACCAUAAUGCAACCAUCCACUGGCAUGGUUUGAGCAUGCGCAUGGCACCUUUCUCUGAUGGUAGCCCAUCCGCCACCCAGUGGCCUAUUCCACCUGAUCAUUUCUUCGACUACGAGGUCUACCCCCUACGAUCCGAAUCCGGUACCUACUUCUACCAUUCUCAUGUCGGCUUCCAAGCUAUGACAGCUUCUGGCCCACUGAUCAUUGAGGACAAGGCCGAGCCCCCCUAUGCAUAUGAUGAGGAGAGGAUUGUCUUCCUCACCGACUACUUCAACAAAACGGACACCGUUAUCGAGAAGGGUCUCGUGGCAACACCUUUCACCUGGUCUGGCGAAACGAAUGCGGUCCUCAUCAACGGCGUCGGAGUCUCUGUUGGGGAGACUGCCGGAAAUGGAAACUGCAAGCUACCAGUCAUCGACGUGGAGCCUGGAAAAACUUAUCGCAUGCGCUUCAUUGGUGCUACGGCAUUGUCCAUGGUGCAAGUAGGCAUCGUGGAUCAUGACAACUUUACCAUCAUCGAAGCUGAUGGUCACUAUACCAAACCUCACACUGAGAAGUUCAUGCAAUUGACUUCGGGUCAGCGUUUUGAUGUCAUCUUCAAGACUAAGACCGAGGCAGAGUUAAACGGGAAAACCGACUACCUUAUUCAGUUGGAGACCAAAGACCGUCCGAAGGUGUACCAGGGCUAUGGCGUACUACGAUACUCCAAGGCACAACCGCAGAUUACAACAGCUCCAGUCACUCCUCCUCUGACACUUUCUAACAAGACGUAUGAAUGGGCAGAGUAUGCCUUGGAACCGUUGGUACCAAACAAUUUCCCCCAGGCUAGCGAAGUAACUCGGCAAAUUCACAUCGACAAUCGUCAACUCGCGACCCAGACUACCCUUUGGCAGCUCAACGGACUGCAAUGGAACGAGACUUCGACGCCUUAUGCGGGAGACCAGCCCUACCUGAUCAACAUCUACGAGAACGGGCCGUCUGCCAUUCCGAACUACACUGCCGCCAUGAACAACAACGGCUGGGAUCCGAUUACGUUGACAUGGCCGGCAAAGAUGGGCGAGGUUCUCGAGAUUAUUUGGCACAACACUGGAUCACUGGUCAAUGGCAAUGGUGGCCUCGACUUCCAUCCCUUUCAUGCUCAUGGCGGACAUUACUGGGACAUUGGCAGUGGAAAUGGAACUUACAAUAGCACCGAGAACGAGGAGCGGCUGAAGAACUACAAUCCAGUCAAGCGAGACACAACAAACCUUUAUCGAUAUGGCGAGAAGACAAAGUCUGGCGAUGUUUCCGGGUGGAGAGGCUGGCGUCUGCGUGUGGAGGACGCCGGUAUUCACUGUCAUAUUUUGCAACACAUGGUUAUGGGCAUGCAGAGUGUUUGGGUCAUGGGAGAUUACCAAGACAUUACCGGCAUUCCCGCUGUUGAUGCGGCUGGAUAUUUGCAGUACGGAGGAAACGUUAAUGGCAACGCCACUUUCGCACCAUCAGUCGUGCACUUCUUUGAGGAAGAUGAGGAAAAAUGA